AUGGGAGGUAUAGGAAAGACAACUCUUGCCCAGCUUGUAUACAAUGAUGCUAAAGUGAAUAGCUAUUUUGAUAUGAAAGCAUGGGCUUGUGUUUCUGAAGAGUUUGAUGGUGUUAAGGUUACAAAAACAAUUCUAAAAUCUUUCUCCUCUGAUAACUGUGAUGACAAUGAUUUAAAUUUGUUGCAAGUGAAACUAAAGGAAAAACUGUAUGCAAAGAAGUUUCUAGUCAUUUUGGAUGAUGUUUGGAAUGAAAACUACAACGAUUGGACCAUUCUCCGUGCUCCUUUUGAAGUAGGGGCUCCAGGAAGUAGGAUUGUUAUCACAACUCGCAAUGAAAGUGUUUCAUCAAUGAUGGGCACCAUUCCAACUUAUGCUUUGAAAGAGUUGUCAGAUGAUGCUUGUUUGUCUAUAUUUACCCGAAAUGCAUUGGGGACCAAAGACUUCAAUGCACAUCCAGACCUUAAAGAUAUUGGUGAGGAAAUUGUUAAUAAGUGUAAAGGCUUGCCUUUGGCAGCAAAGACCCUUGGAGGCCUCUUACGCACUAAACUAGACCGUUCUGAGUGGGAAGAUGUGCUAAAUAGCAAGAUAUGGGAAAUACCAGAAGAGAGAAGUGGAAUUGUUCCAGCUCUUAUGUUGAGUUACUACCAUCUCCCUUCACAUUUAAAGAGGUGCUUUGCAUAUUGCUCAAUACUCCCCAAGGACUACGAAUUUGAGGAACAGCAGUUGGUACUAUUAUGGAUGGCAGAAGGUUUAAUACAACUAAAAGAUGGGAGAAAAUCACCAGAAGAUUUGGGUAGUGAGUAUUUUCGCAAUCUCUUGUCAAGGUCAUUUUUUCAACAAUCAAGCAAGGAUAAAUCACGGUUUCUAAUGCAUGAUCUCAUCAACGAUUUGGCUCAAUGGGUUGCAGGAGACAUAUGCUUUAGAAUGGGAGAUAAAUUGGAGGUUAAUAACAUAGGGAAAUUUUCUAAACAGGUCCGGCAUUUUUCUUACCUUGGUGGCCGAUAUGAUGCCACUAAAAGGGUGCUCUCUUUGAGUGGAUACUGCAUAACUGAGCUACCUGAUUCCAUUGUUGAUCUGAAGCAUCUACGGUACAUUGACCUUUCUCUGCAACUUACAAACAUUGAUAUUAGAGAACUGUGUUUAUCUAAAGAAAUUGCCUUCAAAGUUUGGGAAUCUUGUCAAAUUGCGCCACCUCAAUAUUCUAAACGCAUAUUCAUUGGAAGGAAUGCCUCCACAACUAGAUUGGAGAAUGUUACUGUACCCAGGGAUGCAAGGGAUGCUAAUUUAAUUGGUAAGCCCGGUCUUAAUGAGUUGCUGUUGGAAUGGAGUAGCAAAAUUGAUGAGUCACAAGACAGAACAAAUGAAUUAGAUGUACUUAACAUGCUACAGCCUCCCAAGGCUUUGAAAAAGCUCACUAUCAGGUGCUAUGGCGGUACAAGAUUUCCAACUUGGUUAAGAGGUCCUUCAUUUCCUAAUAUGGUGCUCCUGAGGAUUGAAAAUUGUAAAAAGUGCGCAUCCCUCCCACCAGUCGGACAACUACCAUCACUCAAAGUCCUUUUUAUCAAAGGAAUGGCCAGAGUGAAUAAUGUUGGUCCUGAGUUUUAUGGGGAAGGUUGUUCACAACCUUUUAGAUCCUUGGAAACUUUGUGUUUUGAGAAUAUGCAGGAAUGGGAGAGCUGGACUCCUUAUGGAGAAUUCCCAUGCCUGCGCCAGCUUUCUAUUACAAGUUGUCCCAAGCUAUUGGGGAAGUUACCAAACCAGCUUCCUUCACUGGAAAAUUUUGUGAUAAAUGGAUGUGGACAGUUGGUGGUUUCAGUUUCAAGCUUUCCAAUGCUAUGCAAUAUAGAAAUUGAGAAAUCCAAAGGGAUAGUACAGGGAGGUAAGGUUGAGUUGAGCUCACUAAACUUCACAUUUCUUUCAACAAUGUCAGAAUUCACAUGUCAAAUGGAAGGGCCUAUACAAGGACUAGAAAAGGUAGAGGACUUGACUAUUGAUCAUUGUGAGGAGCUGGUGUCUUUGUGGUCAAAUGAUGUGGGAUUACAACAUCUUCGUGCUCUUCGUGUUCUGAAAAUUUCUACUUGUCCCAAACUAAUGUCUUUGGUGGCAGAAGAAGUAGAAGAGCAGCUGCAAUUGGGUUUGCCAUCCACACUAAGAGAAAUUGAGAUCAUAAAUUGCAAUGCCCUGGUAUCUCUACCCAAGGCAAUGAUGUACAACAUCACCUGUCUUGAGCGUAUUUCUAUUGAUAGAUGUGAUUCGUUGACAUCCUUUGCAAUAGGCCAGCUACCUCCAACUCUAAAGAGGCUAAAGAUUGAUCGUUGCAAGAAUAUGAUAAUUUUACUGGACGAGGAGGAUGUCAACUAUUUCUGCAGCAACAAGUCUCUUCUUGAGUACUUGGAAGCUAUUGAAUGUCCAUCACUCAAGUCCUUAACAUCAAGUGGAGAGUUGCCUGCAACACUAAAACAGCUCCACAUUAGCUCUUGUCAAAACCUUGAGUCAAUAGCAAAGAGGUUACAUGACAAUUCGUCUCUUGAACGCAUUAGUGUCUCAGAUUGUGACAACUUUAAAUCUUUACCCAUGGGCAUACACACCCUCAGUUUUCUAGAUGAGAUUCAUAUUUGGAAUUGCCCAAGUCUUGUAACUUUGUCGGAUGGAGGGUUGCUCCCCACCAGCCUAAGAAUGCUUUGGAUUUUCGGUUGUGAAGAUAUGCAGGCCCUGCCCAAGUGCAUUCACAACCUCACCUCUCUUCAAGAAUUGAAUAUAUGGGAGUGUCCAGUGGGGUUUGGACAAGUUCACCUCUCUUAG